UCCCAAGAAUACAAACAUAGUGUACGUUCUACAUUCGUAAAUAUGGCGAUUCUUCUAUCGCUUGCAAGUUUUGCGAUUGACAACUCCGUCAUUCACAUAUCAAAUUUAACGUAAAUAAUUAUAUAGUAUUAUUUUUAAUAAAAUAAAAUAAUGUUAUUAACAUUAAAACCAGAUCAUAAAAAACAUGUAUUACUUCUUUUAGGACAUACACCGCAAGUUUUACAAGAUUUUUGCAAAUUAGCACUAGAUUAUUUGCAAAAAGGGCCAAAUAUUAAAUUAUAUAACGCAGCAGCUCAGAAAUUGGAUGUUGAAGUAAGUGUAAUUAAGAAUUCAGUGGAAGGACUUGUUAACUUAUUAAUAGAGAGUUGUAGAUAUAAGCUAAAUUCCGAGGACUUUAGAGAUUCAAUAAUAUCUUUAGGUUUUUCGGAACAACAAGAAGUUAUAUUAAGCAAAUUAUAUAAUGUUAAAAAAGAUGAAAUAUUGGAUACACUCAGAGAUAUUGGAUUUAAGUUGCCAGAAUACCAUGAUAUGGAAUGGAGAUUUGAAGUCCAGAUUGCUUCAAGAGCAUUAUUGAAACAAGUUGCUCCUCUCAUUACUUUGGAUUUAUCUAUAAAGGAUCCUGGCAAGGAUGAAAACAUUGAGCAUGUAUUACUUCAAACUGACCCUGUUAAUUUAUCACACAUAACACAACAAUUAGAAGAGGCUCUUCAAGAAGGUUACAGUCAACACAUUCGUAGACUUUCAAGAGCAAUAAAAUGAUUACAUUGUAAUAUAAUUAUAUUUUAUGCAAUAAAAUAUAUAAAUUAUAUACAUAGAAUAUAUUUAAGUCACUUUUUUUUUAGCUGUAUAUUAUAAUAAGACAUCAUGUAUUAACUGAAUCUAUAUUGAUUAUUCCAAUUUAUGCUUAAGAGCAUAUGUAAAGUUUCACUUUGAUUAGAUUAUCCUAAAUUUAAAAUGACGGUGAUGUUCAUACAUCAUACUAUCCUAAAACCUUUGUAAGAGCAAUAUAAAUGCAUUUAUUAAGGCUAUAGAUAAAUUCAUUUAAAUAUUUUA